GGCGCCGGCCCGAGUAACCCGCGUCUCUCUCUCCCGUCCGCAGAGGAGCUGCGCGAGUAUUUCUCCCAGUUCGGCCCCGUGCAGCGGUGCCAGCUGCCCUUCGACAGAGACACAGGCUUUCACAAACGCUUCUGCUGGAUUAAAUUCUCAUCUCCAGAAGGUGUACAGAACGUGUUCCAGAAGGACUCCCACAUACUUGAGGGUGCCAAGCUCUACCUCAGAGAGCAGAGAGGUAGAAGAGGCGUUCAGCCAAAGAAGGAGUCAAAGUGA